AUGGCUUCACAUCUUUCCGUCCGUGGCCUCGCCAGGCCACUCACAUCACAACCUGCUGCGUGCCUGCUCCAACCUCGAUCCUCCUCCAGCCUGCUCAGCCAAUGCCGAGCUCUACAAACACAAAAUGCCACCGCCGCCCGCGCCUUCUCGACCUCCCCCACCCACCAGAAACGCCUCGCGCAGCACGAGAAGCGCGACGUCAAGAUCGUGACCCUGCUGCAAGCGCUCGCGACGACGGCGCCGGACCGCGCGCGGCCGCCGCUGCGCAUGGCGCGCAACCGCCACCUGCGGCACUGGACGAUCCACCGGGCGUGGCUGCUGUUCCGGCGGCAGCGGCGCGAGCAGCGCGAGCGCGAGCUGAUGCAGCAGUACCAGGCGAUGCACAACGCGUGCGAGGCGCUGCGGCUGACCGAGGGCCCCGGCACGCGGCCCGAGGGCUACCUGUACCGCGUGGCCAUGGAGAAGAAGGGCGUGUACGGCCACGCCGGCGUGCCGAUCGAGUAUGCGAGGGCGCAGGUCGAGACGCCCGCUAGGGAGCCGUGGAACCAUGACUGGAAGAGGGUCUAG